AUGCACCGCUCAACAGUCCUCAUUCUCUCGCUUUUGAGCACCGCCUUCUGCUGGCCUUACGACGAAUCGCUCCUCGAUUAUAACCUCAACGAAAAUAAAACGGCCGAGAGCCCAAUCGACUACUGGGGGGAAUGGCCGGAUCACAAGUACCACCCGUCGCCAGACAACUGGCGGCUGCCCACGUAUACAAUAUUUUUGGAUCGCAUAUCCAACGGGGAUCCUCUGAAUGAUGAUAUCAACGGGACGGACUUUGAGCAUGUGCUACAUUCUAAUCAGAUGCGUCACGGUGGUGACCUGGCUGGUCUGGUAGACACGUUGGAUUAUAUACAGGGCAUGGGUUUUAAGGUCAUCUACUUUGCAGGGACGUAUUUAAUGAAUCUGCCGUGGGCCUACGAUGGAUACUCGCCGGUUGACACGACGCUGCUCGACAUGCACCAUGGCACACUGGAAGACUGGCGGCGGACAAUCACCGAAAUCCACGACAGAGGCAUGUAUGUCGUCGUGGACAAUACUCUUUCAACACUGAGUAACCUGAUCGGAUUCAAGGGCUUUCUGAACUCUUCGGCCGAUUUCCGCCCGGAGGAAUACGAAGUCCAGUGGGUUACUGAUAGACAAUAUGCGGAUUUCAGCUUUGGCAACGACUACAAUGAAUCAUGCAACUAUCCCCGGUUCUGGGACGAGGAGGGCUUUCCGCUCACAGACCAAGGUGUCGAGCAGUUGAAUGGCUGCUACAACAGCGACUUUGACCAGUACGGAGAAUUAGAAGCAUUUGGAAACUUUCCUGACUGGCAGCGUCAACUCACCAAAUUCGCAUCGGUGCAGGACCGCCUGCGUGAAUGGCAUCAGCCAGUUCGUGAUGUGCUCACUCGGCACUCCUGCAUCCAGAUUGCGAGCCUCGAUAUCGAUGGCUUCCGGUUUGAUAAGAGUGUCCAAUCAACCCUGGAGCCCCUGAGUGAGAUGAUAGCAGUCUACCGAGAGUGCGCAAAGAAGUACGGCAAGCACAAUUUCUUCCUCCCCGGCGAGAUCACGUCUGGCGAUACCUUUGGCAGUCUCUAUCUCGGCCGCGGGCGUCAACCGAACCAACGUCCAGACACUGCAAGCGAGGGUGCCAAGUUGAAGAAUACCUCAGAUUCGAAUUUCCUCAGAGACGACGGCCUGCAGGCACUGGAUGCCUCUGCCUUUCAUUACACGAUCUACCGGUCUAUGACGCGGUUCCUGGGGAUGGACGGCAACCUCGUUGCUGGACACGAUCUGCCCACUGACUUCAUUGAUGCGUGGAACGAGAUGCUCAGGACGAAUGACUUUAUAAACGCAUUCACUGGAGAGCUGGACCCACGGCAUAUGUACGGUGUUUCCAACCAGGAUAACUUCCGCUGGCCGGCCGUGCAGAACGGCACAGAGAGGUACCUGUUAGGUCUUUAUAUUGUCUCGCUGGAGCUGCCAGGAGUCCCUCUCAUCCUAUGGGGGGAAGAGCAGGCAAUGUACGUGUUUGAUGCUACCGCAGAUAAUUACAUGUUCGGUCGGCAGCCCAUGACCUCGCAGACGGCCUGGUGGACAAAUGGCUGUUUUAAUCUUAAUACGGAAAAGUUCUAUGAUUUCCCAGUGGAAAAGGGCCGAGUUGGCUGCAACGAUGUCAGCAUCACGUAUGACCAGCGGAAUCCAGCCCAUCCCCUGCGAAACAUCAUGAAGCGAAUGUUCGAAAUCCGAGAUCACUACCCAGUGGCCCAGGAUGGCCUGUAUCUGAAAACCAUCGCACAGCUGACAGAGGAUAUCUACCUUCCUGGUUCAUCCGACACCCCGACUGUGACCGGUCUGUGGUCGGUGUUGCGAGGGUACUUCCCCGAUGUUCAAAAGGAGGCCAACCAGGGGAAUGACACGAUGUGGCUUGUGUAUCAAAAUGGAAACAAAACCAAAACAUAUGGUGGCGACUGCAACGACAGGAAGAAGUCCUUGCUGUCCCCGUUCAAGUCGGGCACGAAGCUCAGAAAUGUGUUUUAUCCAUAUGACGACCUCACUGUGGAAGAUGGCCCGGACAAGGAGUACGGAUGCGUCAAGCAAAUGAAGAUGCUUCCAUGGGAGUAUCGAGCCUAUGUCAAGGCCAGCGACUUUGUCGAGGCUGCCCCUACCGUCACCGAAUUCCUGCCUGGACAUGAUGCCCGAAUAUUCUCCAGUGCAGACGACUCGGGUGAAAGCAUUUCCAUCCAACUGGGGUAUUCCAAGACGAUGACCUGCGAUAGCAUCACAAAGGCAAUAGCCCUAGACUCCAAGACAGAGAAAGGUGUCAACGCCACGUUGGACACGUCUAGUGUCAAGUGCACCAAAGUCGAUGCUCGGACGACAGAUAGCAAAUAUGUAGGAGAAAUCCCGACAGUAUGGACCUGGUCUGCAACGUUGAACAAUGUCCAUCAUGGAAUCCACCAGCUCACCGUUAAGAACGUCUCUUCGUCCUCUGGUUCCACUAAUUCGACCGAUAAGUUUCUCCUCCGCGUUGGUACUCACGAGAACCCGCUGGUAACCACGUUUGCCAACUACUCCUCCAGCCUGGUGCACGAAUCUGGCGACAGUUACUACGUCCAGCACAAAGCUGCAGGGGCUGACCAGUUCCGAUACACGGCGGACUUUGGUCGGACCUGGUCGAAAUGGGAGACUUACGAAGGGGGCAACACGACUGUCAAUACAGAGGACACGAAGGGGCAGUGGACGGGGACGCAUAUCCGCGUGCAAUACUUCUCCAGGUUGACAGGUAGUAGCAGUUAUAUACAAGAGGGCGACUAUGACUGGAAGGACGAUGCAGCCCGAAGAUUCCCUCACCUUUAUUUCAACGGCCCGUACAACCAGUACGGAUACGAUGGUGGGUUGGAUAACGAGGUGGCCUACGACACCAAGACCGCUCGCUGGUUGUACGACUUUGUAUACGAGUGGCCGGCCAUCGGACAGCUGAACGUCUGGGGGAAGGACGAAGACGGCGAGCCAGACACCAGAGAGGUCCUGGGCGACGUUGGCAACACGUCUUACGUGCAGAAGCUGCCUCCGUCGUAUCUCUCGUCCAAUGUCAUCAACAUCACAAGGCUGCCCCCGUUUCCGCAUCUCGGAUGGACAAUUUCGCUCAAUGAUGCCAAUCUGAACUACAAGCUGAUUCCUGUUGGGUCUGCGUGGGCUCAGCUUGCCCUUUUCAUCCUCCUCUGGGUCGUUCCGAUUCUUAUGGGGAUAGCUGGCGUGUUUAUCUUCAUCCGCAACUUCUACCGAGUCCAGCUCAACAAAGACGGCAACAACACGAGUGAUAAGGCGCCACUGGUAUUCUACCGUCGACUGAGAGAGAAGAUUGGUGCCAGUACCUCGCAAAUCAACCUGGCAGAAAGUGCUGUCCCAGCCGACGUGGCUGCAGCUGGAGCCGCUUCGCAACGACGCACGGUAUUGAUUGCCACCAUGGAGUAUGAUAUAUCCGACUGGAAGAUAAAAGUGAAGAUCGGUGGUCUGGGUGUGAUGGCGCAGCUCAUGUCGCAGAAUCUGAAGCACCAGAAUCUCAUCUGGGUAGUACCCUGCGUUGGGGAUAUUGAAUAUCCUCAGGACACGCCAGCAGAACCCUUCGUGGUGAACGUCUUGGAUACCCCCUACUUGAUCAAUGUGCAGUAUCAUGUUGUCGAUAACAUCACCUACGUCUUGCUGGAUGCGCCUGUCUUCAGGAACCAGACCAAGGCAGAGCCGUAUCCUCCGCGUAUGGAUGACCUUGAUAGUGCAAUCUACUACUCGGCCUGGAACCAGUGUAUCGCAGAGGCCAUCAGACGCUCGCCCUCGAUUGACCUGUACCAUAUCAACGAUUUCCACGGCUGCCUGGCACCGCUUUAUCUGCUGCCAGAACGCACAAUCCCAGUUUGUCUGUCAUUGCACAACGCCGAGUUCCAAGGUCUCUGGGCUCUGCGAACUCAACAAGAGAAGAAAGAGGUCUGUUCUGUUUUUAAUAUUCCGGUGGAAAUGGCAACAAAAUACUGUCAAUUUGGCAACGUCUUCAACCUUCUCCACGCCGGUGCGAGCUAUUUGCGAUGGCACCAGCGCGGCUUCGGGGCAGUGGGUGUCUCUGACAAGUAUGGACAGCGUUCGUGGGCCCGUUAUCCAAUUUUCUGGAGCUUGGGCAAGAUUGGAAGCCUUCCAAACCCAGAUCCCUCUGAUACAGCAGCCGUGGACAGUAAUUCGGGCGCGGAAGUCGCCGUUCAAUCUCAUGACGAAUCCGUCCAUGACAAGCUGCAGGCACAGCGAUGGGCUGGUCUGAAUGAGGAUCCCAAUGCCGACUUGCUGGUCUUUGUCGGCCGCUGGUCGAAGCAGAAAGGAGUCGAUUUAAUUGCAGACGUGAUACCGGCAGUCCUGUCCUCCAGACCUCAAGUUCAGCUGAUCUGCAUUGGGCCUAUUAUCGACCUUUAUGGCAGACUCGCCGCUAUAAAACUGCAAAGAAUCAUGGAGAUGUUUCCCGGGCGUGUAUUCUCUAAGCCAGAGUUCACAGUCCUUCCCCCGUACAUAUUUUCUGGGGCUGACUUCGCCCUGAUCCCCUCACGAGACGAACCAUUUGGAUUGAUCGCGGUGGAAUUCGGUCGCAAGGGCGCACUCGGAAUCGGGUCUCGCAUUGGAGGAUUGGGCCAGAUGCCUGGCUGGUGGUACACUGUCGAGUCCGACUCUGUUCGCCAUCUCAUGCACCAACUGAGGACCGCGAUCAAAUCGGCUUUGGACUCUUCCCAGAGCACCAGGGCAGAGAUGCGUGCAAACUCGGCCAAACAGCGCUUUCCUGUCCUCGACUGGGUCCAAAAGCUGGAAACGUUACAGCGCACAUCGAUCCAGAUCCACCACACAAAGAACCAGGACACGGUAACAGGGCCACGGCCGGAGUCCCAGGGCGACUGGGACAUGCAGGGCUUGAGGCAAUCUGCAAUGCUGCGCCCCAUGUCCCUCCAGCCAAAUGCAGAUGGAUUGCGUACGCCGCCGAUGAGGUCGCCAAUGCCCUCCCUUCUUGAUCUACAGGCCGCCGAAGCUCAGGCAAUGCAAGCAGAUCAGAACAACAGGAACAGCAGUAUGCUAGGACGUAAACUAUCACUCGGUCAGCGCACUGGGCCAGGACAAGACGGACGAAGGCGUCUCCGCAAGAAGUCCCUGAGCAGCAGCCAGAUCUCCGAACAGCGAGUCGAGGCUGAUACCACUGACGCGGAGGAAGCUGGUGUCACGGCGCAGGAGAACUACAUAUCUCAUGAGGAGGCCAUGGCAGCAGUUAAUACGUCUCUGAGGCCCCCCGGUCAGACUACGCCUGACGACGCCAGCAUAACAAGCAUUGACUCGCCCCGAAGAACACUCGAGCUUGGGAGCAACCCCGUCUUUGGGCGACACAAUGUAUCUACUCUGUCUUUGCCCUCUGUUGUCGCAGACCAUGACCAGCCUGUGUUUGAGUUGCAAAAGGUCGACCCAACCUUUACGGACAGCAUGGGCCAUUUCACUCGGCGCUUCGAGCAGCUACUCACCAACCUGAACAAGAAGAAUUCAAGCACGGAUUACUGCAUUGAAGUUUAUCUCAUGAAAAGUGAGCGCAAGUUCUUCGACAUGUACACUGAUGCACAGUUGAAGAAGCAACCAAAAGAGCGCCCUCUGUCUAGUCCAGGUCUGGAUCCUGCCUACAACCCUGAAUCUCAGGGCGCUGAGGAGCAGGAUUCGAACGGUACAGAUGACAUCGAUCAAUGGCUUGCCCGUUUGGGGUAUCAAAGACCCAUGGCAAUCCAGAGAUUCAUGCGAUGGCGCAUUGGGAACUGGCCUGUGUACGCCCUCUUCCUGGGUCUCGGCCAGAUCAUUGCGACCAACUCGUCCCAGAUGACCCUGUUGGUUGGCCAGGUUGGAGAAGCUGCCGUUAAGCUGUACGUUAUAGCGGCAAUCUACUGCCUCUCGUCCAUCGCUUGGUGGUUUGUCUUCUACCGUUUCCCGUCAGUCGUGGUCCUGAGUGUGCCCUGGUUCAUAUACUCCCUCGCGUUCAUCGUCCUGGGUGUAUCACCGUUCGGUGCUUCGACUGUGGGGCGUGCAUGGGCCCAAAAUAUUGCAGCAGGCGUCUAUUCCGCUGCAUCUUCCAGCGGUUCCCUGUUCUUUGCCCUCAACUUCGGCGACCAGGGGGCAGUCCCCGUGAAGGAUUGGGUGUUUCGCGCCAGUCUGAUUCAAGGCCUCUCCCAGCUGUACACUGUGGCUCUGUGGUUUUGGAGCUCCAGGGUUACGAGAGUGGAAGUUGGCGGUGUUUCUACAGCUGCAUUGAGCUCGUGGAGACUCACGGCUGUGGUGAUGCCCGUCGCCUUCGUAUGCUUUGCUAUCGGCGUACUCCUUGCUCUCGGUCUGCCCAAGUACUACCGUCAAGCCCCGGGCAAGAUCCUCUUUUUCUAUACUUCCCUCCUCCGCCGGCGCAUUGUGCUGUGGUUCUUUUUCAUGGUCAUCAUCCAGAACUGGUUUCUCGCCGCCGCAGUUGGGCGCAACUGGAGUUUCCUCUGGUCCUCACAGCACGCGAAAACAUGGCAAAUCGCAGUCCUGGUCGUGGUAUUCUUCGUUGUUCUCUGGUUCGUCUUGAUGCUUCUCUUCCGGUUCCUGGCCAAGGAGCACAGCUGGAUCCUGCCCGUCUUUGGGCUCAGCGUUGGUGCUCCUCGAUGGGCACAGACCUGGUGGGGGACAUCCAAUAUCGGCCACUAUCUCCCAUGGGCUGGUGGUCUCACAUCGGGGGCAAUCGCAUCUCGCUGUCUCUGGCUGUGGCUGGGUCUCCUCGACGAAAUACAGCAAGUCGGACUGGGAAUGAUUCUCUUGCAGACCCUGACAAGAGUCCAUGUCUGCUUCGUUCUCAUCGCUGCGCAGGCCCUUGGGUCAAUCGCAACCAUCUGCGCACGGGGAUUUGCACCCAAUAACCUGGGGCCAGCAGGCAUUUCUCCAAACGUCGGCACAUCUGUGGAUAAGGUCGGCAAUGCGUGGUUCUGGAUUUCUCUCUUUUUCCAGCUCCUGGCUAGCUUUGGCUUCCUCCUCUUCUAUCGUCGCGAGCAGUUGAAUCGACCUUAG